AAAAUUAUCUCCUUUGGCCGAAACAUUGAUUAUUACAUUUAGCAUUCUUGCCGGUUUGGCUGGAUUUGCUGUUGGUACUUGGUUGGUCCUUAUUGCUAGAAGGAAACAUCAAGAAAGAUUUAUAGAAUUAAAAGAUGAACCUGAAGUUCAAAUGUCUAAUGUCGAUGACUCCACAAAAACUUCUGUAUAA